CAGACACAGUUCCCUCACUGCAUCCUCAGAAACAACAGCAACAUGAAGUUCUUGAUCGUGCUCGCCCUGGCUGCCCUGAGCGCCGCCCGACCCCAGCUCGUGUUCCUGGUGCCCAACACAGGUGCCGGCGGCGCUCCUGCCGUCAACCAGGACCAACUCUUGCAGAUCCAAAGGAGUCUCGGACCGCUCCUGCAGCAGAUCCAGGCAGGAAACUUCCAGACCCAAGCCGCUGCUGCCCCUGCUGCUGAGGUUCCCGCUGAGCCUGCCCCUGCUCCUGUUGAAGCUGCUCCCGCUGCCGCAGAAGCUGCUGUUGCUGUUGAUGCUGCUCUCGCUGCCGAAGCUCCCGUUGCCGAAGCUGCCGCCGCCCCCGCCGCUGACCCGUCCGUGAACGCCGUCGACGGCCAGUUCGCCUCCUUCAUCUUCCCCGAGGACGAGCCCGCCGUCGUCGCCGCCAAGAAGGCCCACUUCGCCGCCGUCAUGAGCGCCCUCGGACAGGGCAACGCCGCCGCCCCCGCCGAGGGAGAGGCCGCCGACGCCGAGGCCGCUGCUGCUGAGGCCGAGGCCGCCGAAGCUGCUGAGGUUGAGGCUGCUGAAGCUGCUGAAGCUGAAGCCGGAGCCGCCGAGGCUGAGGCCGCCGAAGCUGCCGAAGUCGAGGCCGCUGAAGCCGAGGCUGCUGAGGCUGAAGCCGGUGCCGCCGAGGCUGAGGCCGCCGAGGCUGAAGCCGCCGAAGCCGAGGCUGCCGAAGCUGAAGCCGGUGCUGAGGCUGAAGCCGCCGAAGCCGAGGCUGGUGCUGAGGCUGAAGCCGGUGAGGCCGAAGCCGAAGCUGCGUGAGAAGGAACUGUGAUAGGUAGUGUGUAGAUAAUGUAGAUAGUCUAUCUAUUGUACCAAACGACCCAACCUUUGUAACCAUAACCGAAAUAAACAAACUUCCCCAAAA